CAUCGCCAUGCAUUCCCCUAAACCUGGACCUUCACUUCCCGCGAGUGGCAUUCCUCGGCGCUCCUUGCAAUACAGACAUUGCCAUCAAGAACGCCGCAAUACUAAUACUAAUAAUAAUAACAAUACCUCGCUCUCGUUGACCUCAACUUUUCUCUUUAAAAAAAACAUUUAAUUUAAUGAAAAUACCAUAAAUUAUUAUUAUUGUUAUUAUUAUUUUAUACUGGUAUUAUUUUUUAUCCUAAGAUUUUAAUUUAUCUUUUUUUUUCUACUGAGUUUUUUUUAAUUAUUUGUUGCCAGUAAAGGGAGUUUGGCUCUUUUUAUUUGAUCCGUUUGGAGAAGACUUUUAGCAGUUCAUCCAAAAAGGAAGGAAAAGGAGCUGAAGCUUUAUUGAUCCUUCGGUUGAUUGAUUGAUCGAACCAGACAAGGCAAGUCCAGCUGCCAAGGACAAAAGAUCGGGAGGAGCAGCAACACCACCAUCACCCCAGCAUCCCUGAUCCUUGCUUAGUCUGGUACCUAAAAGGGACAUCCCCAAUCCCAUCAUGACCAAAGCUGAAAUGGGGAAGCUCAACACCACCCCGGAUGAGGACAGCAGCAGCUACAGCUCCAACAGCAACGACUUCAACUACCCCUACCCCACCAAGCAGGCUGCUCUGAAGAGCCAUUAUGUAGACAUGGAUCCAGAAAACCAAAACUUUUUACUUGAAAAUAAUCCUGGAAAGAAGAAAUAUGAAACUGAAUAUCAACCAGGUACUACUUCCUUUGGAAUGUCAGUAUUUAACCUGAGCAAUGCUAUUGUGGGCAGUGGCAUCCUUGGACUGUCUUAUGCCAUGGCAAACACUGGAAUUGCUCUCUUUGUAAUUCUCUUAAUAUUUGUGUCGCUGUUUUCUUCGUAUUCCGUUCACCUCCUUCUGAAGACUGCCAAUGAAGGAGGAUCUUUGUUAUAUGAACAACUGGGAAUGAAGGCAUUUGGCAUGGCUGGGAAGUUAGCAGCCUCUGGAUCAAUUACAAUGCAGAACAUUGGAGCUAUGUCAAGCUACCUCUACAUAGUGAAAUAUGAGUUACCGUUGGUCAUCAAGGCAUUUAUGAACAUAGAAGAGAACACCGGGCAGUGGUAUAUCAAUGGUGAUUACUUGGUUAUAUUGGUAUCCAUGGUGCUGAUUCUACCUUUAUCACUACUGAAAAAUUUAGGUUAUCUGGGCUACACCAGUGGAUUUUCCUUGUUAUGCAUGGUCUUCUUUCUUAUUGUUGUCAUUUGCAAGAAAUUUCAGAUUCCUUGUGGGCUGGAACAUGACUUGAUUAAUGCAACUCUGAAUGCAACACAAGAACACCUGUCAACUAUUUCACCUUUUCAUGGAACUGAUGUCAAUGUAACUAAUGACGAUGCGUGCACACCAAAAUAUUUUAUCUUCAAUUCACAGACUGUCUAUGCUGUACCAAUCUUGACAUUUUCCUUUGUCUGCCAUCCUGCUAUUCUUCCUAUUUAUGAAGAACUGAAAGGCCGAAGCCGCAGAAGAAUGAUGAAGGUAUCCAAUGUUUCAUUUUUUGCCAUGUUCCUCAUGUACCUUCUGGCUGCUCUCUUCGGCUACUUGACAUUUUAUGGCCAUGUUGAGCCAGAGUUGCUGCAUACAUACUCUGCAGUCCUUGGAACUGAUGUUCUUCUCUUGAUCGUACGCCUGGCUGUUCUGAUGGCUGUGACUCUUACUGUGCCAGUUGUGAUUUUUCCAAUCCGCAGCUCCAUCACACAGCUGUUGUGUUCAGGGAAGGAAUUCAGCUGGCUGCGCCAUUGUGCUAUUACCUUUGUCCUUUUGGUAUUCACCAACAUCCUUGUGAUUUUUGUCCCCACAAUCCGAGAUAUAUUUGGAUUUAUUGGUGCCUCUGCUGCUGCCAUGCUGAUCUUUAUACUUCCAUCUGCUUUCUACAUUAAGCUAGUGAAGAAGGAGCCAAUGAAGUCAGUACAGAAGAUUGGGGCUCUUCUUUUCCUGCUCAGUGGCAUAUUUGUGAUGACUGGAAGUAUGACCUUGAUCAUUCUGGAUUGGACAAGCAAUGCUGCUUCUGAUGGGCAUUAACUAUCUGCUUUUAACAACAGAGUUCAUGCACCAUCUACUGACAUGACUUUUUAUCCGCGUUUGCCGUUCUGCUUCCUUUGAAAUGCAGAUUCUUUGAUGCUAGUUCUUCUGAUUGUAGAAUAAGUGAACUUUUUGAAAAAGAAACUAUUCUACACGAUGGGAAUGGAUCCUAACAUCAAACCACCUGAAUCGUUGGCUGAGGGAAGUGACUAUUUAUUCCAUUCCAGAGAAUGGACAGCUUUGUCUGUAAAAAAUAUUAUCAAGCCGUUUGGCUUUUCUCAUUGUUACUUGGAAAUUUUAUUAUUUACUUGAAUGUGCCUAAUGGAAACAAUUGAUGUGAGAAAUGUUAGUUUACAGCUAACCAUUGAAAGUGUGUGAGAAAAAAAAACACUAUUAUUUUUGUACCAAAAAUUGUAUGGACCUCAAAAGCACUAUUUUGACUUUAAGAAAAAAUGUUUUUGUAAGUUGAUGAUCCAAAUAAGGUUAGAAAGAAAUCAGUAAACAGUAUAAUCAGUGUUCUAAAUUCAACCAGUGUUGCCUGUCUGUAGAGGCAUAUCCUUAAAAUUAUAUUUUUGGCCACAAAAAUAUUUUUAAAACCUAUUAUGCUGAAGAUUAACUAAUUUGAAAGAGUCAAAACCAUAACUGGGUUUCAUAUAUAAUUUAGUUGUGAAAUUGUGAAACCAAACAAAUAUUUAUUGAGAUUCCAUGGUACUAUAACUAAACCAAUCAAUCUAAACUACCAUGUUCUAUUUCUACUUACUAAACUUAUCAAAAAUUUUGUAAAAAAAAUUAAUUCCAUGAAAAUGACUAUGAUGUGUAAACCAAUGUGUAUGUAGUAGUAAACAAAGCAUCCUAGCCCAUUAGUGGUAUGCUCAAGCAAGCUUCUUGAAAUGAACAAAGGUUACAUAGGAGAAGUAUUUGGCAAAUUAGUGAUUAGCAUUUUUCUUCUUGAGGCUUAAUAGUGCAGUUAGAUUUUUUUAAAGAAAAGUGUAGGUGUUUUUUCCCAUUCAGUUGCUGUUACAUAUAAAAUCACAUUGAAGUCAUCCGUUAUUAAAGCAGAAUCCCCUUGUUAAUAGCCAAUGGAUUAGCUUUAAUUUUUGAAGCAAGUAAAAGUGAGGUCCUACUGUAGUUUACUGGCAGUACAGUAUUUACUGGCUGCAUGAUACUUUUUAAUUUCAACUUUCCAUCCAUUUUAAGAAUUUUAAGAUUACUUUUAUCAUUUGUUCUUCUUUGAACAGAUGAUUGCAUACAAGACACCAGGCACUGGUGCACAUAGCAAAAAUUAUCUUCAUAAGGCAACUGGUAUUCCUAAAUGCAACUGAUAUUUACAGCAGUCUUUUUUUUAAAAAAGUAGAGGUCUUUGGUUGACUACAUUGUCAUCUCAUGUGUAUUUAUUUCUGAAAUAUACGAGUGCUGUUUGAGCCUUAACUUUGCUUUUUAAAAAACAGGUUGUAUACAGUGGUUACUAAGAGUAUGAUCCUUUCCAUAAUGCAGAGAUCUGUCUCCUUGACUUUGAACAUUGAGCAUUGACAAGGUCUUGCAGGGAAUGGAAGCUCUGUGCAUACCUCCCAGGGCCCUUGAUUGGUCUCCUUGGAUAAAAGGGAAGCAUGCAGACUUCCCAUUCAUUGUAAAUACCAUCGAGGAGUGAUCUUACAAAUUUGUGAUGGCUAAACUCAGUCAAGAAGGCCAUGGCCCUGCCUCAGUAAGGCUGUUGAUGAUAAGAUGACUUAAAGGUCUGUCAUUCAUGUGGUUGCCAUAGCUUGAAGUUGACUUGAUGGCAAUUAAUAACAAAAGACAAAGAAGUAUCACAUGGCGAUACCUCUUUGUAUUGGUAUGCACCUGUAAGGGGAAAGGAUCAUGUCCCUUAACUGCUUUCAAAAUUGUAGGUGUUCACUGCAUUAUUUCAGUCUCAGGCUGAAGACAUUUGGUACUUGUUUAAGAGCACAUUCAAUACUGCUUUCCAUAUACAGAUGCUGCUGGAAAGGACAUUACAUUCUGUAAGAAUCUAGACAGGCAACAAUUUAGCAAUGUAGUACUCUGUGGACUGCUUUCAACUAUAUUCAACAGGUAUAAUAGUUUAAGAGUCUCAUUUAAUUCAAGUAAUAGUUGGUUUAGAGGGAUCAAAUGGCAUGUAAUUAGCUAAUUAAGCAACACAGGAUUUUUUUCUGUGAAAAAUGUCUCAGCCCAUUUUUCAAUAUUUGGUAGGUUUAUGUCAUUGUGUCUUUCUACGUACAUAUGAUAAUGCAGAGGAUUUUGUUUGCAUUUCUGCAUGGGCACUGCUUGCCUCUACUGCUGCUAUUCUAAUUCCACUGAGAUCACUAUGUAUGGCAAUCAGCCUUACAGAAAGCUAAUCAGUUCCAUCCUCCCCUUAUAGCCUCCUUGCAUCCACUACUGAGUGGCUUGACAUUUUAUUAUUAUUAUUAAUAAUAAUAAUAAUAAUAAUAAUAAUAAUAAUAAUAAUAAUAUUUCUUGCCUCCUCUCUUCACGGCUCGAAUCCAAGUCAUGAUCCAGUAUAGAGUGGUAUGAAGUGUACUUGAAUCAUUUUGGUCAUCUCCCCCAUUUUUGGAAAAUCCAGUUAACGAAAAAACAUCAACUGCCUACAGUACUUGCAAGAGCUUAAUUUUUGCAGCAGCUCUAAACUUUAAAAAGAGAACAAUUUAUUGAGGGUUUUUUUUAAAAAAAAUCCCAGUUUUCUGAGCAAUUGCUUCAGCUAAAGAGAAACCGUUUUUUAACAUUUAUGUCUCUUACUGGCUUCAGUGGAAUCAGGAUUGCAUUACACAUAUGUAGCAGAUAAUGUAUUACAUAAUAACAUAUUUUCUCUUUCCUGUAUUGAACUAAACUAGUGGUACUUAACACCAUGUUCAUGUGAAAAUAUUUCAGAGAAGUCUCGGUUAAGAUGGCAGCUCUUUCAUGUAGCUUUUUAUAAUACAACUGCAGUGUCCCAAUAUCCUUUAAACCAUUGGUUUGGGAUAGGGAAAAACCUUGUCCUCUUCCAAUACUGGAGAAUUGUCUACAUUCAUUGGUUUAUCUCAGCAGCUGGAAAACUAAACUGUUCCAAGAUUAUGCUAAUCGUUGUGCCUCAAUAAAAUGAUACGAUCUGUGCAAUGCUAUACAUGGCUGAUCAGAAAUUAAACCCCAUCAAGUCCAGUGGGAAUUACUCCCAAAUACAUCUGUAUAGAAUUGCAGCUUGAAUCCAGUGAUAUCUGGACAAUAUGCUGUGAAUCAUGCAGCUUUCUGUCAAAUAAUCACUACAAACUUCUCCAGUGGUUCUUGCUGUGUACCACUAGGCUUCAUGCUUUGUUGUGUCUAAAUCUGUUACACAUUUGUGUCCUUGGCGGUUUCUAUGGAGUACCUAAGUAAGCAGUUUCAGUAUUAUUAAUUAAACCACUGUUUGUCACCUCAUUUUACAAUUAGUGUCUUCCAUGUUCUUUCAUUCAUGAAAUGUAACAUGUUAUUUAUAGAACAAAAACCUGUUGGAAGUAUUUAUGCAUAUCCUUUGUACAUAAGUCAUGUGUAUAUGUAUAUUAUAUUGUAUAUAAUGUAGUUUUGGACUUUUUUGGUCAUGUAUAUAAGCUUUCGAUAUGCUUCAUAGCUAAAUCAUUAUGUCCAUAAUUCAUUCAUAUUAUACAUCUAGGAAAGAGCUCUCAAGUGAAAAUUUCCAGAGAAAUAGUAAGGCUGCCCAAAUUGAAUUUCUAUGUGCUCAAGUUGCAUAAGAAGAUUCUAAUAUUAGAAAACAAAAGUUGGCUGUCAUUCACUACUCAAGGAUUGUCCAACAACCAAUGUAAUUCCAGUGAAGUCUUAUUUUUCUCUUUGUACUAUAUGCCCCAUCAAACUGAUAUGAAACUCCUGCUAGUUUCAGAGCAGUUUGCUAUGUGGCGUGAACAAAGGUAGUUGCUGUUGGAGGCAAAAAGAAAUUAUAAUUCCAACUUGCUUCACGUUUCUUUGAAACCUUACCCAUGACCAUGAGUACUGUCAUGUGUGCAAAGGUCCCAAUUUGAAAGGGCUUUGCCAUGGAAACACAAUGUUUUCGUCAUUGGAGGGAACAGAAAGCCCUUAUUGGUAUUAAGCUUUUCACUCUUUGUUCACAGAUAUGUAUACUGCAAUAACCAUAAAUUCUCUUUUGGGUCCACAAAGUUCAGGUUUUCAGAGUACGUUGAUGUUUUCAGUGAUCAAUAUAUUGAGCCUUCCUGAAUAGGUGUGGUACAGUUUGUAUAUAUUGUAUAUGUAUAUAUAGAGAAAGGUACACACUGUAUUGUUUAGAUCAACAAUUCAACUACAAUUGUUGGGGAAAGCGUGCUACACAGUUUCAAUGAAACGUACGUUUUAACUAAACUGAAAUAAAGAUAUAAUCUUA